AGCUGAGCUGUUUUCUUGGUCAGGAUUAAUUAUGAGAGAAUGUGAGAGGACUGUUCAAGGACAAGAUGUUUAACUUUUGAGUCCCACUCUGCACUUCUCAUUCCUUCUGCUGGUAUAACUAAAGGAUCUGAUGGCUGAGGGGAAAAGAGAAGAGGAGGCUGAGGGGCUGUCAUGUGGGAGAGUUUUUCGGAGCCAAAGUGCAACAGAUCAGACAGAAAGAAACAAACCAGACCACUUAUAUUCAAGCCCAGGACCACUGUCUUCAUUAAGAGCUGCUUUUAAAAGAACCUCUGCAAGAUCGCACUCACAGGGAGACGCAGGGAGAGCAAGAAGGCGUCCAGAGAUAACCAUCCUGUCUGUAGAGCCACUGCCAGCCACUGCCUGGUUCCCAGGGGCUUCUGGGGGAUUUCCUGUGCACGCUACCUCCUCUCAGUCCAUUUGGGAUGGAGUAAUUCACACCUCUGGACAGCCCCCACCAUCCUAUGAUCAGGUGAUUAAAGAGAAGACUCAGGAAAAGGUCGUCACCCCUACAGCUCCACCGCGGCGCUCACACACCAACACUGCCGCCACUCAAACUGACUGUGUGGAGGAACACGGCCGAACACCACAACAGCCAGGAGCUGCAGUGGUUGGAAAACCCAGAAAGCCUCCCAGGCUAUGUCAGCCCAACUCACAUCCAGUUAAAGCUGCUGGACCUACAGUGGACACAGAUAAUCCUACUUACCCAGAAACAGCCAUUAUACCAAACCCCACUGGACCAUCUCAGAGGCCACACCCUGUACCCCGCCCUCGCUCUAAACCCAAACAAACCGACAAGGUUCAGACUCUGGUUCCGCUGCAGGACAGCGGCAAAAAUGACUCUGUGACCUCUGUGGAGAAUGAUACGCUUUCAUCAGGGAAGUAUCUAAAAGAACUGUUAGAGGCUUUCAGCUCUGAUCCUCAGCUUGACCUGCACCAGCCUGAAGUUCUGGACGACCAGCAGGACCAGGGCAAAGAGGACCUAACAGAGAACAUGAACAGCUUUCAUAGUGACCGUAACAUCCGAGCUCGGAUCCAGGCAUUCGAGGGCCAGAUCGACACGGACGGGGCUGGUGCUCCAUUUCCACGGCCUCGUAACAUUUACAGCAAGUCACCAGUGGGGGUUCAAAAACCUGCUAUUGCUCCUCGGUCCUCUCUUAGUAGCACACCUGCAGAAGAAGAGGCAGCAGCCCCUCCAGGUAAUUUCUAUGAAGAGACUUCACUGCCUCCACCACUAGCCCCAAAACCACAGCCUCCAAGAAAACCCUCUUUCAGCUGUAAAGAGGAGUCCAAACCUCAACCACCUAUUAAAACAGCCCUGCUACCAUCUCGACCUCCACUGGUCAGGUCAAAGACAGUAGGCUCCCAAGAUGAUGAAGUUGCAGGCCCACUUAAAGGUCCUCCUCUACCACUGAAGCCUAGUAAGAACCCACUGAACCUGAACAAUCACAACUCCACUGCUCUGCUGCUGAAUGCAUCUCAGACGCUCGCCACGGCUGAAAACGAAUAUGUGGAUGCUCCUAUUAGUCAUGUCCCCAUUAAACCAGCCCGUGGAGGAGGUUUGUCCACCCUGGCGUCUAGCACACAGUCUAUGAAGAGACCCACUGUCAUCAGAGUGCCCAGCAGAGGCAGCAGAAGUCAAGAUGAAGAUUUUCCUCCUCCUCUUCCAAUACAGAAAGCUGUAGGUGGUCCUACACCUCCACUUAAACUCACAAACAAGGAGUUUUUCAGCAGUUCAGCUGAUCCAUGUCUGCCCCCGCAACCCAGCAGAAGCAAAGUACCCCCGCCUCGCCCCCCUCCAGCUAAAACAGCCCCAGAUCGGCCUCCCCCGCCACGGAGAAACAGCGUGCAGCUGCCCGUUCUCCAACAGGGGGCUCGACCACGGUCGUCACUCCAGCCUCUAAACAAACAGAGCUGCAAAAAGCAGAAAAAAGGCCCCAUUCUCCCACCAAGACCAAACCCUGGACACCGUCUCUACAACACAUACACUCUGGAAAUCCCCCAUGGCAUUGCUGAGUUUGACUACAAUGGCAUCCGAACGGGUGAACUAUCCUUUCAGAAAAAUGAGGUGCUGGUCCUUCUUAACCAAAUAGACAGCAGUAUGUUUGAGUGCCAAGUGGGAGAUGCAAAAGGAACAGUGCAGAAAUCCCACAUAAAGAUCAUCACACCACUAUCAAACCACUAUAAUAAUGCAAACAAUCCUGUGCCAGUGCAGGAAAGAAGCUCCAAUCAGGCUUUUAGGAGUUCGGUAGAAAAUGGCACCUUCGAGGUUCAGGCUCUUUUUGAUUUCACUCCAGUGGGUCCAGGAGAGCUGGGGCUGAGGGCAGGAGACGUGGUGACCAAUGUGGAGCAGCUGGACAGUGAGUGGUACCUGGGAUCCUGCCGAGGAAUCACUGGCUUCUUCCCCAUCAAUUAUGUCAGACCUCUGAAUCAGUCUAGUGCACCUGCACCUGCUCCUGCUGCUUCUCCUGCUCCUGCUUAUGAGAGAAAAGUCCAGCCUGCACAUGAUACUCUGAGGGGCCCACGGUGUGUAGCGAGGUUUGAUUUUGAAGGUGAACAAAGUGAUGAGCUGUCCUUCAGUGAGGGGGAUGUGAUCCAACUGUGCGAGUAUGUGGGAGAGGAGUGGGCUCGAGGAGAAUUUCGAGGCAGAGAGGGAAUCUUCCCCCUGAACUUUGUGGAGGUGCUGGAAGAUCUUCCUCCACCAGCAGAACAAAACCACGCCAAGAUCCCACUGCCUGGUAUGGCUGCCUCAUUCAACACACCAGCUGCUUUAACACCUGCUCAGGUAGAGAGUCACGGGGUGGAGUGGGUUGAGGCCCUGUAUGAUUUUACUGCUGAAGCAGAAGAUGAGCUGCCGUUCGUGCAGGGUGAUAUGAUCCUGGUGACAAAGCACCUGGACAUGGAGUGGUGUAGCGGGAGGCUAAAUGGCAGGGAGGGCAUUUUCCCCGCCGCCUUCGUACGCACCUUCUCAGGUGGUUUCCCAUGACAAUAUUAUCUGGACCAGCUGGACGAACCAACAAGCAGUGAAGAACCCAGCUUAAGUCCUGCAGUGGUGGCUGGACUGGAUGCCUUUGUCCUGUGUCUCUGAUGAGAUUAUGAUUGCACCUCAUCACUGAUCAGCUGAUGUGCCAGAAGACACUUCUGUCCAAAAUGUGCUCCUGCUCCAACUUCUUUUAUUGUUUUACUGUGCUUGGCCCAUAAAAAUCCUACUGGACGAGACAGCUGUGGGUUGAUGUUUCUUUUGCUGUCUGCCUCAUCUGUAUAACUCUGGCAUAUUUAUAAAUGUGAUUUUAAUGAAACCCCUUUUUUGUGCAUGCACAUACUAGCUUGUAUUUGAAUUGUACAUCUAACUGUUCCCGUUUACAGUAUUCAUCUAUUUAAGAUGGGGAAUCGUGACACGACUUGCGCUAUGAAUUGAGAAUAUUUAACCUGUAUUAUGUUGCCCCCUUGAGGCAAAAGUAUGCCAAACCUAUAAAACACUACUUUGGAAUUCUUUAAUAAAGUAUUGUAAUACUGCAACUCUAA